AUGACAUCGUCUCAGGUCUUCCAUGGGACCGUCAUUCACUCUCUGGGCCCGGACCAGCUAGAGGUCAUAGAGAAUGGCUUGAUUAUCAUCGGUCCAGACGGCGCAAUCUCUGAUCUGGCAAAGUCCAUUCCAAGAGAGUUGUUCCAGCAGCAUUUGUCUUCACGCAAGCCUGCCAUUGAGGACUACGAAAUCCACUACCUCGAGCGAGGGGACUUUCUCAUUCCCGGCUUCGUCGACACACACAACCACGCCCCUCAAUGGGCGCAGCGCGGUCUCGGCCAGAGCAUGCACAUACUGGACUGGCUGGACAAGGUCACCUUCCCCAACGAAGCCCGGUUCCGCGAUCCAGAGUAUGCGAGGCGCGUCUAUUCCAGCUGCGUCGAUGGCUUCCUCCAGCAGGGCGUCACGACGGCGUCUUACUAUGGGUCAAUGCAUGCCGAGGCUACCAAGAUACUCGCGGACCUGUGUCUCGAGAAGGGGCAGAGGGCCUUCGUGGGCAAAUGCAACAUGAAUCGCAAUGCGCCAGAUUAUUAUCGAGACGCCACGGUCGAGUCAUCGCUGAAGGAUACAGAAGAUUGCAUUGCGCAUAUUCGAGCGAUUGACCCUGAAGGUCACUUCAUCAAACAUGUGCUCACGCCCCGGUUCGCUAUUACCUGCGAGGACGCGCUGCUCGCUGGCCUGGGUGAAAUCGCGAAGGCGAACCCUGACUUGCCCAUCCAGACACACUUCAACGAGGCAGAGCAAGAGAUGUCGUUCACCAAGACACUGUUCCCCAGCUUCGAGAACGAGGCGGAUCUCUACGAACACUUUGGCCUCCUCACCAAACGGUCGAUCCUCGCUCACUGCUGUUACAUGUCAGAGUACGAGUUGGAACGCGUCAAAGAUAUCGAGUGCGGCGUGGCUCAUUGCCCCAUCUCGAACAUGACUGUCGGCGGUGGCUUCAUGGCCGCCCCGGUGCGCGAGUUCCUGCGGCGCGACAUCAGAGUCGGUCUUGGUACGGACAGUGGCGGCGGCUUCUCGAGUAGCAUCCUGGAUGCGAUGCGGCAAGCCCUUGUUGCGUCAAACGCGAGGGAGGUUAUGAGCCAGGGCCAAGACAAGGUAUUGUCGAUUGCAGAGGUCUUCUACCUGGCCACUCUCGGCGGUGCCCGGGUCUGCUGUCUCGAAGAUCGAGUUGGCAAUUUUGCAGUCGGGAAGGAGUUUGAUGCAUUGAUCGUCAGCUCGAAGAGCAGACGUCCCGGCGUAAUGACCAUGGUGGAGGGCGAAGACACCCCGCAGACGAUCUUUGAGAAGUUCAUUAUGACGGGUGAUGAUCGAAAUAUCAAGCAGGUUUUCGUGCGCGGGCGCUCUGUGAAAGACUAG